AUGGGAAACAAGCACUCAGGAAGAGGUGCACUCUCAGAGCGUUGCAGAGCAUUAGCUGAAGAAAUUUUCAAAGAAAUUGAUGUUGAUGGAAGCUUGACGAUAGAUAUGGAAGAGACUGCAAAAUGGUGGUCUCAAAACUUCGCAAUUGUAAAUUCUCGAGCAAUGUUUGAGAACGUUGACCGUGAUCGCAACGGGGCUAUUGAUUUCAGCGAAUGGAUGGAUUUUUGGGCUCUAGUAAAGCAUCAAGGAUAUAGUGACGAUGAGAUUUUUGAAGAACUCACUAAUUUAAAAAAUAGAGGUUCAUGGGUUCAAUUUAUUGGAACUCAAGUUCAUGCAAAGGCCAAGGAUUAA